AGGUAAUUCAUUAGCUGCCUGUAAUUGACAGCUUGCAGCUUGACUUUUUCAUCAUUUCACGCAAAAGUUCAAAUAUUUAUAAAUAUUCAGCAUUAGAUAAUAGUAAAAAUAACCUUUUAAGCAGUAUUUUGGUAAAUACUAAACGACAGAGAGUGUAUAGACGAAAAUAUUUUUAAAAAGAAACUCUUCGUGCAUUGGAACUGCGUAUUAUUGGAUCAUGUUCGUGAAGCAUACUAAUGGCGUCAAAGGAGAAGAAAGAGAACAUUUUGAAAGAUGAUCAAUAGGCAGGAUGGCGGCCUUCGUCGCCAAACAAAUGAUGGGCAGCAAGCUCAACGCAGUAAAAGGCCAAAUGGGUGGUGGUGAAGCUGAAGCACCUGAGGACAGGGAGGCGGCCGCGGAAGAAGAGCAAGAGCGGCUGGAAGCACUUCGAGAAGCGGAAGAGCGCCGGAAAGAGAAACACCGGAAAAUGGAAGAAGAGAGGGAGAAAAUGCGCCAAAAUAUACGAGAAAAAUACGGUAUUAAGAAAAAAGAAGAAGUGGAAGAAGAAGAGGAGCCAGUUCCCGAGAGUAGCAGUUUGAACCGGAAAAAGAAAACACCAGCAGAAAUAGAAGCCGAAGAUUUGGAUGACUUUACGCGCUGGAAAAAUACAAUUGAAGCUCAGCUAGGUGAACUUAGACAAACAUUGGAGAGUAAGUGUAUGAUUCAGUGAAAGGCAGCAACGAAAUCAAGUGCCCAUUUUCUUUUCUCAUACACACUCGUCUAGUCACAAUGUUAACGGUGUUUUUGGACGAGGAAAUAUUUUUUUACCCACUGGCUUCACACGUUCUUCAGUUUAAGAAUGCGGAGGAAUCAAAUAAGCAUUGCCUUACAUUUAAUACAUCAGUGAACUUUCCAGAAUUGGAAGAUUUGAAAAUUCACCUUGUGAUACAUCACUGGUUUAGUUCUAGAAGCGUUCAUUCAUGUAACUAAAUCGUAAAUAGCAGAUACAUUUUAGUCGAGCGGUUCAUGAAGAUUUGAAGCUACCAAAAUUUAUAUUUGAAAAUAUAUCCGUUUAAUACCAUUUUUAUAUGAAAAAAGAACCGAGAGCUAAAAGCAUUCGCUGAUAUUUUCAAAAUAAGUAAUUUAAGAAUGCAUUGUGGGUGCGACAAUCUUGUAAAUCGUUUUUUAAAAAAGCUGCCAAAACACGAUAUCAUUGCAAAGAAAGCUGAAGCCACCAAAAUGCUGAUUUUAAAUUUGAAUCAAAGUUUUUUGCUAAAAUAAACAAAUAGAAAUUAAUGUAUGUAGUUGAUAACAAGAAAUUUGCAAUUUUAUUUUUGUUUGAGAUGUACGUUCGAUGAAGAGCUGUGGGCAAGUAAAAUGCAGCACAUUUGUAGAACUUGAUGUAUAUGCACUUCAACGAAAACAUUAUGGUUUUUAUAAAGCAGUGGAGAGAAAAAGAUGUUGAAAACUGUUAAUUUGUUUUAAAAAAAAAUCUGUGGUUCUUUUUGAGCUGUUACAAGUUUUUAUAUUAUGAUUCUGUAAAGUUCAACAUAUCAGAGAGCAGAGCUUUCUUUCGUUUAAACAAAGACAUUUAAAAGUCUUAUGUUGGUUUCCCACCAGUCGCGACAGUGACGAGAUCUUCUUCACUGCCCUUUUGCGCACGCGCUCUGUUUUCAACAAUUCAUCUACAAGCAGAGAGCGCAGGCGCAAAGCCUGAGUGAUGGGAUUUUUGUUGUUGUUGCUUCUGUUCUGAAGCCAGCAUUCCAAUGCGUUUUGUGCACGGCUUCUGUUCAUAAAUGUUGUUGGUGGCACAAUUUGAAUGAGAUAAAUGUAAUAAAUAUUAGUUACAUUGCCAUAGUUUUCAAUAGCACAUCAGUGGUGUACAUAAAUUUUCUAUUUAACAAUUUUUAGACUCCAUGUUAAACAACACUGACAUCCCGAUAUCAAUCCUUGCAGCAAUUAUAAUUGUGAUACAAAAAAAACUACGAAAAAACAUUCCCGGUUGUUUAAAAGCAUUGUUCUCUGAUAUACAUCAAAAUACUCACUCAGGAAGGUUAAACCUGCUCAUGGAAAAAUUUAACUCCACCUUUCACAGAUUUUGCAUAGUUUUGUUUUUCAUAUCUAUGUGUAUGAAAUAAAGA